UCGCCGCUUUGUACGUCUGUUCUUCCUCUUCCUUCUUUCUUCUUUCUUCUUUCUUCAUUCAUCUCUCACACACGCACACAAUACACGCGUUUGUGUGUAUACUUAUGCAUACACCUGUUUUUGUAUCUAUUAUAUUUUCCCUCCGAAUCUAUCCGUUGCGAUUGCGUCAUAUUGAACUGCAAACGUGAACUAAUAAGCGGCGAAGCCAAUAUCAGAGGUGAAUUCAGCUCUAAAUUUGAGCAUCUAUCGGUGUCUCGCUCCUUGGAUUUUUCGAAUCGGUGGCUGGAAGAGAUUGAAAAAGCAUAUGAGAGGAUCGACAUCAUGGAGGUGGCUAAUCAAGAAAAGACAUUUCUUAUUUGAUGGGGUAAAUGGUUUGGGAUUAUGUGGGGCAAAGAUGAAUCAGCUGCCGUUUAUGGGAGUUGUCUGUACAGUUAUGUUAUUCGUCAUAUACAGGACUACAAAUUACCAGUACCAACAGACAGAGAUGGAAUCAAAAUUGCAACCUUUCUACACAUCAAAGGAGACACCUGUAGAUACUACAAGAUUGAAUAGUCUGCCUCAUGGUAUCAUUGAAGCAAGGUCCGACCUGGAGUUAAAGCCUUUAUGGACAACAAGCAGUCAUAAGUCGCAGAGAAGGGAAUCUAACAAUUUGCUAGCAAUGCCUGUUGGAAUUAAACAAAAGAAGAAUGUCUGCACUAUUGUUGAAAAGUUUCUUCCAGAGAAUUUUACCAUUGUUCUGUUCCACUAUGAUGGAAACAUGGAUGGUUGGUCGGACCUGGAAUGGAGUAAGGAAGCUGUACAUAUAGUUGCUCACAAUCAAACAAAAUGGUGGUUUGCCAAGCGCUUCUUACAUCCUGCUGUUGUGUCUAUCUAUGAUUAUAUAUUCCUAUGGGAUGAAGAUUUAGGAGUAAAAAAUUUCCACCCUGGAAGGUAUCUGCAAAUUGUAAAAUCAGAAGGACUUGAAAUAUCUCAGCCGGCUUUGGAUCCAAAUUCUACUGGCAUACAUCAUAGGAUCACUAUAAGAAAUAGAAUGAAAAUAUUUCAUAAAAGAGUCUAUGAUGUCCGAGGUAGCACGAAGUGUUCAGAUGAUAGUGAGGGACCGCCGUGCACUGGAUUUGUGGAAGGAAUGGCUCCUGUGUUUUCAAGAUCAGCUUGGCAUUGUGCCUGGCAUUUGAUACAGAAUGAUCUUGUUCAUGGAUGGGGAAUGGAUAUGAAACUUGGCUAUUGCGCACAGGGUGAUCGUACCCAAAAGGUGGGAGUAGUUGAUAGUGAGUACAUAGUUCAUCAGAGUAUACAAACUUUGGGUGGGCAGUCUGCGAAAAAGGUCAAGAAUCGCGAAGAGACAGUUAAGAGGCAUUCAGUUGACGUUAGAUCAGAGAUUAGGAGGCAAUCAACAGUAGAGCUUCAAAAAUUCAAGGAGAGAUGGGAACGAGCUGUGAAGGAGGACAAGAGGUGGGUCGAUCCGUUCCCUCCAAGCCUAAUGCGGAAGCUUAGGCGUAACCGUAAGCGUGGCUAUUCUAAGGUUUAACGAGGCAAGCGCACUGUAAAGUUUCUCAGUAUAUGUCGGGCCAGAUGUUAGUUCUCGUAAUUAUUUAAUUUUUUAGUGUUCAUAUAGUUUAGCCCCGAUCCCGCCAUUGAUCAGGUCUGUCAACAUGCAUACACACACACCACCACAGGGUCAGAUUUGAGUAGGGACUAAAAUUCUCAAAUCCCUAGUGUUGUGAUUUUAUGCAAUUUCAUCAUUUAUAAAUUCAAAAGAAACCCCAAAUGUUUUGGCGCU